UGUCGGCGCAGGGCUCUGAGCACGAGAGGAAAAAUUGUUUAUUUGUGAAAAUUCACUCAAAUUAGAAAUAAUAUUAAACAUAAAUGUAUUACAAGUAAAGAAAAUCUAUAAAUGAAUAACUAAAAACAUGUAGCAAGUGAUAAAGUGUAAGAAAUCUAUAAAUUUACAAUGAAAAUAAUUUGAAUAUUCUUGAAAAAAGAACUAUAAAAUUGUAGCUUCAAUAAAGGUGUCACACAAAAGAUAACUUGCAACAAAAGUGCAAUUAAUCUAGUAAAUUAACGAACGAUAAUGGAUGGAAAUGGUAAUCAACGUAAGCGUGGUGGACGUUUGGCUAAAAAUUCCAAUAACAAUGAGUCGCAGUCGCCUGCAGCAACUACAGAACCUAAUGAGGUCAUGGAGGUGUCGGCCGUAGCCAUAUCGCCCACCUUAGAGGAGGCCGAAACUACGACGAAUGCCCCAGCCUCAGAGUGUAGACGUAGUUCACGUAAGAAAAUUAUUAAAUUUGAUGUACGCGACCUACUAAAUAAAAAUCGUAAGACACACAAAAUACAAAUCGAAGCUAGAAUUGACUCUAAUGCACCCACCACCUCCAAAGCUAACACAGCGGGUGGUACUGAGGUGGGCAACUCAAAAGCUGCCACUAAUGUGAGAGAAGAUUUGCUUUCAAAGCAAAAAACAUUUUUGGAAAAAUCUGCCAUUUUCCGGCGUUACUCUAUAUCACAGGAACACAAACCACCACCGCCUCCUUUACCCAUACCCCCUUUACUGGGUAAGGCUAAUGACAAUAAAGAUGCUGCAUUUUCUGCCAGCUCUAGCUCGCGUCGUUUAAGUCGUACCCAGGAAUUUUUCAGUAAUGUCAUGAUAAAACCCAAACAAACUACUAGUCUUAUUGUGGCACAGAUAGAGAGUAGUACACCCAGCUCUACAGCGGCCACAGCAAAACGCAAAAGUCUUAAUAAAACUCUAGAACUUGAAACUAAAGCCGGGGCUUCUACUGAUACGGAAAGUUCACCUAUGGGCCAGUUAAAGAAAAGAGGUAGACCGCCUAAAUUUAAGACACAAACUUCUGUAGAAGCAGUGGUCAGUACUGCCGCCCAAGAGGAAGUAUCUAAGAAAAAAAUUACCCCAGAAAAGGCAAAAAAUUGGAAGGAGUAUAAAGCCUGCUUGGCCCAACAAUCCAGCAGCCAGCAGGAAGAGCUAGAAGAAUUCAAGUCUUUAAAGGAAAGUGCCCAAUCAACACCUUUAAAAUGGAAACAAAGUGAAAACGUAUCUGCCACGGCAUUAACCCUAGAGGACACACAACAAUCUGACAUUUCUAAAUCCGAAGAUGAUGAUGGUAGCUUUAGUGGCUUUAAGACCAGUAAAGAAGAUUUAAGCUGUGAUUCGCCGGCACUAGAAAUUGAUUUGAAAGAAAAGCAGAUAACUAUCGAAGCUAAAACAGAAUGUAAGGGCAAACAAACAAUGUUAAAAACCAAAACGACUUUAAAAACUGAAGCCUUGUCAGAAAAAACAAUACAGACUGAAGUAAAAGAUUCAAAAGAAGAUGAAAAUACAAAACCGAUAUCGGCAAGAACUGAACAAAUCGCUUCAGAAGAUAAAGAUUCUAAAGAAUUCACUUCUCUAAAAGAUAGUUCUUUAACAGCAAAAUCUGAAUCAAAAUCAAGAGAAUCUGAAGAUGAUGGAAUAGGAAAACAAGCUGUUGCUCCAAAACAAGAUGAAUUAAAAGAUACUAACAUUACACAUUUGCUUCAGGAUGAUAAAAAUGUCAAAGAUUCUCUGCCAUGUAGGAGAUCCACAAGAAUAUCUCCUGAAAUAUUUGAAAAGAAAGACACAGAACUGAAAAGCGCAAAUAUAACCAGAAGAAGUCAAGUUAAAUCUCCAGUAGAAACUAAAACACAAGAAGAAGUCAAAAUUGAUAAGAAUGAUGAUAAAGUUGAUACUUUAGAAAUAACAUCCACACAACCGAAUACAUCUGAAAUAAUUGAUAUCAAUAUAACUAAACAACCAAUACGUUCCACACGUAGACAGUUAAGAAAAGAUGAUAGCAGGGAAACUCCUACUAAAAGUGAAGAGUUAAUUGAAAAUAAAACACAACCUUCAACUACUAAAUUGGAAGAAAAAGUUCCUAAAAUCACACAGGAAACUAACAAACCGCCUAAAGAAGCUAAACAAGAAACUCCACAAACUGCAGUCCAACCAAUAGAAAAAGAGGAAAUAAAAAGUCCUGAUAUUUUAAGUAAAACUGCAGAACAAAUCCUAGAUGAAUGUACACCUGAAACAAAAUUAUCUGAUGCUGAUAUUUUACUUUUAACCAGCCAAACACAGCCCUCUACUCCCUCUCAAGGAUCAAUGAAAACCUAUUCACGCACCUCUAGUUCAUCAGAAUCUGAAAAUGCCUCUGAACGCAGUUCUUAUUCAUCGGAUCCGUCGUCGGGCACCUCCACUUCGGGACGUUCUUAUAAAUCCGGUGACAAAUUGAGAGUUUCACUCAAACGCAUUUCAUUGCCAAAGAGUCCGUCUACCUCUUCGCAAACUUCUACUUCGGAAGAGCUUAAUUCUAAUGCAGUUUCCUCGAAUGUUCUUAAAAAGAAACCACCCUUAGCUAAACGUUCUAAAAGAUUACAAAAGAAAUUUGUAGAAAUGAUGGAAAACCAAGAUGAUUCAGAAGAUUCAAAAAUAGAGCGAGUUAGUUUGUCCGAAGAGGAAAACAAAUCAAUUGAAAUUGUUGAUCAGACUUUAGCGCAGACUGGACCUUCACUAGAAACCACAGAAAGUUGCAUUUUAAGUGAAAAUUUAGACUCAAACUCCAAUGAUUCUAUAAAUACAAAAGAAAAUAUGGCAAAAAGGAAAUCUUUAAGAAAUCGCAAAGUUAAUAGCAGUGAGGAAAACGAUAACGAAACUGAUAAAUCUAAUACAACCGACAAUGAAACGCUAAAGGAAAAAGAAGUUGAAAUAAAACAACAAUUGCAAAUCAAACUAACAGACAUAAAACAACAGAAAUUAGAAAACUCCAAACAUCAAGAAGUAGAAGAGCAGCAGGAAAUUCCAAAAUAUAUAGAGAAGUCUUUGGAAUUACAGAAGACACCAGCAGCAGAAGAUGAACAAAGCGAUGAAUCGAAUGAUAGCAAACAAAUAAAGAAGCUGAAAAGCGUGCAACCUGUAAAAAAACAACCACCAAGAAAACUUAAAAAACAGACAUCACUAGAGGAGGGACAAAAUAUUAUUAAAGAGGAUACAACAACACAUCAAGAAAUAUCUACUAAAGAAAUGUUGGAUAUAGCAAGCUUGGGAAAUAAGUCAAUGGCACAGGAACACACACAUGAAACUUCUAAAACUACAACAGAGAGAGUUGCAAGCCCCUCCACUGAGAAUUUGGGAAAACAAGAAACACCAACAACCAGAAGUAAAACUAACAAGCAAGUAUGCAACGUCAUAGAAAUAAAGAAUCCAGCUGAAGAAAUUGACAAAACGGAAAUAAGCAUGAAAGAACAUUCUAAGCAAACUUCUCAACAAAAAGCUGGACAGGAGGUGCAAUCAGUGGCAACAGAAACUUCUGACAGUACAGCAAGCAUAACAGAUGAAUCGGCAAUAUCGGGGCAAGCAGAAAAAACUAGUAAAAUCCCUGUAACUAGAAGUAAAACUAAUAAGGAAGUGAGUUCUGAAAGUCAAGCUGAAUAUUCUAGCCAAAAUUUCUCUAAAAGAAAAGCUCAACAGAAAACUGAUUUAGUCCUGGAUAUAAAUGAUGCCGAAACUUCGAAUAUAGCAGCAUAUCCAACUAAAACUGACAAACAAAUAUUAAACACAACAAAUGAAGAGAUUCAUGAGGCGGAACUACAAAAUUCCAGCUUUAACUUAUCGACUAGAAGUAAAACUAAUAAAAAAGAUAUUUCCCAAACAAUGUCAACGACUCAAGAAGAAAAGCCAAUAGCAAACGAAGAUCUAACGAAGUCUGAGUUGAACCAAGAAAAAGCUGUAGAAACUGCAACUAAGAGAAGUAAAUCACCUAAAGAGAAGUCAAAUAAUAGCGAUGAUGUAAGCAAAAUCUCAACUACUAGAAGCAAAACUAAUAAAGAACAGAUUUCAUUAAAAGAAUCAGAGUUACCAGCAGCCAUUAUUAAUGAUAAUCCCACACAAGAGGAGUCAAUUAAGGAACAUACUUCCUUAUCUACAAAAGAGAGAAGUAAAUCUCCUAAAGAGAAAGUUUCUUCAACUAAAAAUGAAAAAUCUGAGGAAUUGCAUGAACAAGUUACAAAAUUAACAUCAAGUAGAAGGAAAAACAAUAAAGAAGAUUCUACUGUGACAAAAGAAGAAUUAAUACUAGAACCAUCCUCUGCCAUUAUAAAAUUAAGAAGUCAAUCUCCUAAAGAGAUAAAUACCACAAUUAAUGAAGACAAAUCUAAGGAAUCACAAGAAAAGGCUGCAAAAAUCACACCAAAAAGGAGAAAAACUUACAAGGAAGCCAUUUCUGCUGUGAAAGAUGUGAUAAUACAAGAACAAUCUUCUAAGGAAACAAAAGAAAGCUGCCAAUCUUCUAUAGAAAAAAUAACUACAAGUAAAAAUGAAAAUUCUCCAAUUUCGCUGGAGAAGACAACAAAAAUCACACCAAGUAAAAAGAAAUCUAAUAAAGAUGACAUUACUGCUACAACGGACAUCAUAUUGACAGAAAAAUCUUCAGAAACUACAAAAGAAAGAAGUAAAUCUCCUAAAGACAAGUUGGAUAAGACAAAUGAUGAAAAAUCCAUAGAUUCACAGGAAAAAACUAUGAAGAUCGCCACAACUAAAAGAAGAAACAAUAAGGAUGACGAACAUUCUUGUGAAAGUUUAAAAGAACGAAGUCAAUCACCUAAAGAGAAGAUAGAUAAGACUGAUGAAGCAAAAUCCAAGGAUUUGCAGGAGAAAACUUCAAAAAUCAUAACAACUAGAAGAAGAAAUAUUAAAGAAGACACUUCGAACACAGAACAGGAAUUAAUGCAAGAACCAUCUUCUGAGUCUACAAAAGAACGAAGUCAAUCACCUAAAGAGAAGAUAGAUAAGACUGAUGCAGCAAAAUCCCAAGAGAAAACUCCUAAAAUCGCAACAACUAGAAGAAGAAAUAUUAAGGAAGACACUCCAAACACAAAACAGGAAUUAAUGCAAGAACUAUCUUUUGAGUCUACAAAAGAACGAAGUCUAUCUCCUAGAGAUAAGCUAACAAUGACUAUUGAAGAAGACUCUGCAGAUGUAACAGAGCAAUCCGGGAGAGUCGCAGCAACUAGAAAGAAACAUAAUAAAGUGGAAACUUCUUCAAUAGAAAACAAGUUGACCGAGGAGAAACCAGGUGUUAAAGAUGAAGCUAUCAUUUCUGAAGAUAAGGAACAAGAAAAUUCCUUUAAAGAUAAGACUAAAUAUAUUUUGGAUGGAACAGAAUCUUCUAAAACUACAACAGAUAGUAGUGUAACUUCUGAAGAAAAAUCUGCAGAUAAAGUAAAACUUGAGCAAAUCACAACAACUAGAAGUAAGGGUAAUAAAGAAGAGACAUACGAAAACACUCCAACAAGAAGUAAAUCAAAAAAGGUUAAAGAAUCACCUAAACCAGUAAGCAGUUCUAGUGAAACCCCCAUAGGUGACGAAAUGCAUGCAGAAACUUCUAAAGCUUCUAUGGAAAAUACUGUAACAAUUGGUACACAAGAAAGCAAAGACUUGACUCCUCCAGAAAAUCUUGAAACUAACUCUUCAACCUUUAUCAACUCCUCACAGCAUGCUGAACCAUUCAAAUUAUCACAAACUAUGGAAGAAAAAACUCCAGAAAUCAUAUCAAGAGAUUCUUCUAAAUCACCAACUUCCUCUAAAGUUCAACAACCUUCCUUAGCUAAAAGAAAAUCUUUAAGAAAUCAAAAAGAUUCAAAUACCCCUGAAAUAACGCCAGAAUCAACAAGUGAUACUGCACAAGAAAGCUCUUCAACACUCCAAACGCAAGAGGAAACAUCAUCAAAAGAGAAGCAAGAAAAUGAAGAAACAAUUAAGGUGACUAAACGUAAGGGCAGGAAGUCACGUUUUAAAAAUCUUUAUGGUCCUGAUAUUGAAUCGGAAACUGACAGUAAUAAUGGAAAAAAUACUCCCAUCGAAGAGAUAAUGCAACAAAAACUUAAGGAGCAGUCAAGUACUACAGAAAAAGAAAAACUAGAAGAAGAGAGACAAGAGGUACCAAAAGUCAUAAGGGAAGCUGAUAUUGCUCCUGAAAUAGAAGUAAAUCCUUCAGACAACCAGUCUCAGCAAUCUGUGGCAAGUGGCCAGGAAAAAUCGGGCAAUCUUUUAAGCUCUCAAAUACAAAAUGUCAGCAUUGAAACGAAUACUUUAUUGGACAUUUUACGUAGAGUACAAUCAAACACAGAAGCUGCUUUGAAAGCAGGCAAAGUUACCUCAACGAACCCAAAAACAGAGAUUGAUAAUAAUAGCGAGAGUUCAGCUAAAGUUCAAAUUGAAGAAAAUGUUAAAACAUCACAUGAUCUGUCAGAAAUACUCAAAGAAUCUAAUACAACCCAAACAAAAGUUGAGGAAGAUUCCACAAACUCACAAGAAACUAAACCUAGCUCUCCCGCACGAUCUAAUACGGAGUCUCCCUUAACACUUAAGAAAAUCCAUUUAUCACCAGCACGUUCGGACUCGGCCUCUCCGUUGACACUUAAAAAGAUCACACAAUCACCUACACGUUCGGAUUCUUCAUCACCUUUGACCCUAAAGAAAGUAACGAGGCGCUAUGAAAGACGUAGUCGUCGUGGAGAGGAUUCAGAACACAAAACUUUAGAGGAAACAUUUGCAGAAAUUGCAGCACAAAGUUCAAAAGCUGUAUUAGCCGCUAAAGAAUUUGAUAUAAAUGAAGAGCAAAACACAGGUGAGAAUUCACAACUCGAAUUAAAUCCUUUAACAAAUACUGGUACUGAACACAAUGAGGAAAUUUUUACAAAAAUCGAAAGUGAUCCUAGUAUACAAACAGCAAGUGAUCCUCAAGUUCAAACAUUAAAUGUUGAAGAAAUUGGCGAUAAAAUAGAAGAAAAAUUGCAAAAUAUUUCACCAUUGCCGGAAGAUAGAGAAAAAGUAGCCGAGGUGACUGAACCAGCUGAAACUGAGAUAACAACUAUUGAAAAUGUAGUUGAAGUACAAGAAAGUACUAAAGUUACUCCUGCAAGAAGAGGACGUAAGCCGAAAAAUCGUGCUUUGGAAGUAACACCAGCAAAAGAAGAUAUUGAUGUUAAAAGUCCCAUAAAAACGAAAGAAGUUAAUGAAGAAACUCUCGAAGAAGCAGAAGGCCAAUUCCAGAAAUCCGAGCAGAUGUCAUCAGAAGAAAUAACACAAAAGCAGGAGGAGAAAGUUGAAAGUAAAACAACUAAAUCUAAGAAAACCAAAGCAAUGCCCAGCUUAACAAAUCCUGAGUUAACACAAACUGAAGAAACGUCUGAAAGCUUGAAAGAAACUUUGCAAACUCAACCGCAACUUCCAGAAACAUGCGAUGUGUCUCAAGGAAACAUAGAAUGUUCGUUAAAACCUUGCGACGAAUCAAAUGAAGGUAAAGUUAGCAAAAAAUCUAACAAAAAACGUGACACUUCUAAAGGAGAAUCUAUAGCCGAAUACUCAAUACUUCUGGAUAACCCUCCUGCGAAAGACAAAGAAGAUGAAGUUCGAACUCCCAAACAAGUAGCGAAAAAACGUGAUACAUCUCAGACAAAAAGUGAAACAAAAUCAGUUGGAAAGAAACUAACCAAGAAAACUAAAAAUGAGGAAGAGGAUGACACUGCAGUAAAAACUAAUCCUAACACUAUAACCACAACACCGCCACCAUCAAAAAGAGGUCGAAAACCUAAAAAUCAACAACAAGAAACACCCCAAACCUCGACCGGCUCUAAAAAGAAAAACAAAAAGGAAUUACAGGCGGAGCAAAAUGAAGACUUUAAUGAGGAUAAAAGAAAAACUAUAGAUUCCGAAAGUGAAUCACUUAACUCUUCUUUAGACAGAUCUCUAGAUGAUAAAUUAGCCAAAAAGAAAAGGCAAAAGAAAUUAAAAGAAGCCUUUGAGGCGGCUCUAACAGAUGAUAUAGAAAAAAACAAGGAAAUUUUAAAAACAGAAGCCUCCAGCUCUUCAAAUGCCAGCAACUUUGGUUUGACAUUGCUUAACAAUUCACCGCCGCCUGAAAGAAGAGUUUCAAAUGAUAUGACAGCAGAAACUAGUAAAAUUACUUGUGUCACCCCCGUGGAAGCGGAAGAAGAUCCAGAUCCCUUAAAGGAUAUUGAAAAGUUUAUAGCAGAUGGUGUUAAUCUUUUGAAAAAAGAUUAUAAACUAGAUGAGGACAGUGUGGACGAUGUAAUAACAACCACCAGCUCUACUACUACACCUUCCAAAACGACUGAAAUAGUAGAGGAACCUAUAAAAUCUAUCACUGAGGAAAUAAAACCCGUAUUCAAUACUUUUGAAACCCCCGCUGAUACCCCCAUAAAUACACCCAGUGUUACGCCACCACCCAAAAGUCCUACAUCCAUUGAAUCCUCAACACCCGAUGAAAUUUCUGGAGUCCGACGAUCACAUCGUAUUAAACUUAUAACCAAAACUCCCAAAGCUUUGGUAGGCAGAGGUUUGGUUAAGGAUAAAGAACGUUUCUCCAUAAAAGAUGAUGUAGAAACCAAAAGUCAUUACACACUAGACGAUCAUCUUACCGAUUUGGCAGAGGUGGAAGCGAAGAAUGCCAAAUUUCUUAAAGAAAUGGAAGAACGUCUUAGCAAUUUCCAAGUCAUAAAGGAAAAUGAAUAUCUGUGUGAACGUGUGAUAAGUAGAGAGGCCCGCAAAAUGAUUUGUGAUUGUUUUCUGACACACGAAGAAGAGGAACGUGGUGAAUUGGGCUGUGGAGAAGAUUGUCUCAAUCGUUUGCUUAUGAUUGAAUGUGGCACUGAAUGUAAUGUUAAGGAACGUUGCACCAAUAAACGUUUCCAGAAAUUACUGUGUUCUCCUUGUCGUGUAUUUCGUACCGAAAAGAAAGGCUUUGGCAUAAUGGCUGAUAUAGAAAUCUUACCGGGAGAGUUUAUAAUGGAAUAUGUGGGUGAGGUUAUAGACACCGAUGAGUUUGAGAAACGUCGUAUUAUGUAUUCUCAGGACAAAAACCGUCAUUACUAUUUCAUGGCAUUGAGAAGUGAUGCCAUAAUAGAUGCCACCAUUAAGGGCAACAUAUCACGUUUUAUCAAUCACUCUUGUGAUCCCAAUGCUGAAACUCAAAAAUGGACGGUAAAUGGAGAAUUGAGGAUUGGUUUCUUUAGCCGUAAAUCUAUCAUGCCGGGGGAGGAAAUUACGUUUAACUACCAGUAUCAAAGAUAUGGCAGAGAGGCCCAACGUUGUUAUUGUGAAUCGGCAAAUUGUACUGGAUGGAUUGGUCAAGAACCAACUUCCGAUGAAGGCGAACAAUUAGAUGACGAUGAUGAGUAUGAAGAAUCUGAAGAAGAGGAGGCAGAUACCUCUAAUCUUCUGGUACAAGAUGAUGAUGAAGAUAGUGAUGCUAGUGAGGCUGAUCCAGAGGAAGUGCAAAAACAAUUGGAAAUGGCAGCUGCUCAAGCAGAAGUUGAAUUGGCCCCCUUGCAGUUGCUGGAGGAAAAAGCUAAGCGGGAAGAGUCUGCACCAAAAGAAGAAGAAACCCACAAAUCCGAAAGCGAAGAAGAUUCUAAGAGCAAAUUCAAAAAAUUACUCUCGAAAAUGGCUGAAAAAGUGGCAGCCAAACAAAAGCAAAACAAACGUGAACAAAAGCUGCAGCGCAAAAAGAAAUCCAAGGAGUCGUCGACCGACUUAAGCAAUAAAUUAAGAUUUUUGGAAGAUCCCGACAUAGAAGAUGAGGUUGAAUUCUUAAAGGAAUGUGGCCUGAAAAAUCAAUCCGAUACUUUGCGUCUAUCACGUCUAAUGGUAAGAGCUAAGCUGGUACAAACACGACUUAAUCUGCUGGAGAUAUUACGUCAAGGUGACUUGCCCUGUAGACGUUUGUUUUUGGAUUAUCAUGGUUUACGUUUGUUGCACGGUUGGAUGAGUGAAGAUGCUGGUAAUAUGCAAAUACGUCUCGCUCUGCUACAAACUUUAGAAACUUUACCUAUAGCCAACAAAACAGUCUUGACAGACAGUAAAGUUAUGCAAGUGGUGCGCAAUUGGUGCGGCCAAAAUACCAACCUAUCACCCAAUGAAGAUUCCUCCAGUAGCAAUAGUAAUUCACAAGAUGUUCCCGUGCAAACAGCAGCAAACUUUGAAGAGGGUUCUGAAUUGGCAGAAUUGCAAAAAUUGGCAGUGAAACUCAUUACCACUUGGGAGAGCCUGCCGGAAAUAUUCCGCAUACCCAAAAAGGAAAGAAUAGAACAAAUGAAAGAGCAUGAACGUGAAGCCGAUCGACAAUAUGCUGCUAAUGCUGAAACGCAGGAAAAUACCACUACCACAGCUAUCGAUCGCUAUCGCCGAGAUCGUUUUGGUCGUGGUUUAAAUAACUCUACUACAACCUCCAGCUCUUCUGGACGUUUCGUUAAACCCAAUAAUGGCAAUCCCCAUAGAACUAACAAUACCACGCCCGAAAACAAUAAGAAUCUGUCUAAAGCUCAAAGACGUGAAAUGUUUGCCGCUAAAGUGGCCAGAGAUGAGGCUGAAAAACGUUUGGCUGAGGAAAGGCGUGAGUUUGAAACUAAAUGCCGUUUCUUUGGUUUAGAUCCCAAAAAGACGCGACAACAGGACAUACCAUUCUGUGUUAAUCCUGCUACAGGCCAAUGGUUCUCCAUCGAACGCAAACCCAUUAACACUCCUCCCAGUUAUGCGCAUGUACAAGUGCCCGUUAAACCCAAAUCCACUGAUCCCAAUGAUUAUCAAUUGCCAGCCGUUUGCAGUACAUUACCGCCUCAAUGGAAGUAUGCCAUUACACCGCAGGGUAAAAUCUAUUAUUAUCAUAUUAAAAAUCGUAUACCACAAUGGGAACCACCAUCGCCAGCCCAGCUGCUGCAAUGUGAAAUGGAGGCUAGAGAAGAUGAUUCUGAAACUGAACUUACCACCACGGCCGGAGAGGAUAGCAGUGAUGACGACGAUGAAGUACUAAUAGGCAUGGAUGCUGCUCAAUUAAAGGCCUAUAUUGAUCGUAAAGUCGAGAUGCGGCGCCAGAAACGUUAUCAACGUUUGGUCGUUGAAAGAUCUAUAAGUCCCCGGCGUGAAGAAGAUCGUAUUUACAAUCAAAUGGAGGUGCGUAAAUACAAAGAAAAUAAGGAGAAAAUACGCAAACGGAAGGAGGAAAUACGACGUAAACGAGCUGAGGCUUUGAGGCAAACUUCCCUCAAUAUGUGUACACUAGGCAGUAUAACCGAUACAAAUCCAAAUACCAAUAAAACACAAAUUGAAAGUCCUGAAGAUCAAGGAGUUUUACCCAUACAAGACUAUUUACUAUCAUCCGAUGAAGAAGUUGAUCUUAAGGUGGAAGUCAAUAGUCCACUAAUGGAUAAAAUUGUAGAGGGAGAUAAAAUUGUCGAUGAAUUGGAUGCAUUAACCACUAAGAGACAAUUGAAAAGACCACUGCCACCGCAUCGCGAUCUAAAUGAGCCCUCGACGUCUUCAUCACCAGCCUCAACUUCCGGACUUAAUGUACUCAUAGCCCGGCAGGAAUACAAGAAACGUAAAUUGGAAAAGAAAGAAAAAAGAAAACCCAAAGAACAAGAUGCUAAAUAUCGCAAAAAUAAAGAAAAAUUCCGUUGUGAGAUAGCGGGUAUAAUCGUGCAUCAUUUAAAACCAUAUCGUAAGGAAACCUGCACAGUGGGACGUAUACAAUCUGAUGAAGAUUUCAAUCAUUUGGCACGCAAAUUAACCCAUUUCGUUAUGAUUAAGGAAUUAAAAUAUUGCGAAUCGGUAGGUCAAACUUUAGUUGUUACCGAAUCCGUUAAAAGUAAAUCACGUGAAUUUAUUAAGAAAUACAUGGCCAAGUAUAAAGAUGUGUAUGUUAAACCAUCUAAUGAUCCCGAUUUUAAAGAUAUACCUUUUACUUUGUAAAUUUCAUAUUUUAUUUAUCAUUUUUUAGAUUAAGAUAAUCUAUAUCGCAUAAUAAUAUAUAGUUGAAUAGCGUUUUAUGAAUAUGUAUUUAAAACUUGUUGAAAAUUUUCUCAAAUAUAUAUUUAAAAAAUUUUCUUUAGUAUGUAUGUAUGUACUUUUAAAUAAAUAAAUGAAGGCAAAAAUGUUUGCAGAAAAAAAAUAAGAUAAGAUUUGGAAAAAGUGUGUUUUAAUUUAUAUGUAG